AUGGGUCACUCACACGGUCUGCGCGCCGGCACUCGGUAUGCCUUUUCUCGCGACUUCAAGAAGAAGGGUUUCAUCGCCCUUUCCACCUACCUGAAGGUAUACCGGGUCGGUGACAUUGUCGACAUCAGGUGCAAUGGUGCUGUUCAGAAAGGUUUGCCCUACAAGUUGUACCACGGCAAGACCGGUGUCGUCUACAACGUGGCCAAGUCCUCCGUCGGUGUCAUCAUCUACAAGCGUGUCGGCAACCGUUACCUCGAGAAGCGUAUCAACGUUCGCAUCGAGCACGUCGUUCACUCUCGCUCCCGUGAGGAGUUCAUCAACCGUGUCAAGGAGAACGCCAUCAAGAAGCGCCAGGCUAAGGAGGGAGGCACUCACCUUCACUUGAAGAGACAAGCCGUCCAACCCCGUGAAUCCCGCGUUGUCGACUCGAACACCAACUUCCCCGAGACGAUCACCCCUAUCCCUUACGACACUCACAUUUAA